AUGUCUGCUAUUCGUGCAUUCACCUCCGUCAAGGCUGCUGCUCGUCAAACUUCCUUCCGCUUCACUCCUGCUGUUGCCAUCGGUGCUACUCGUGCUUACUCUUCCAAGGUUAAGUCCUUGAAGGAACGUCUUGCUGAACUUAUCCCCGAAAAGCAAGCCGAAGUCAAGGCUUUCAAGAAAGAAUAUGGUUCCAAGGUUCUUGGUGAAGUCACUGUUGACCAAGUUUACGGUGGUAUGCGUGGUAUCAAGGGCCUUGUCUGGGAAGGUUCUGUUCUUGAUGCCGAAGAAGGUAUCCGUUUCCGUGGUUUGACCAUCCCUGACUGCCAAAAGGCUCUUCCUGCUGCCAAGGAAGGUGGUGAGCCUCUUCCUGAAUCUCUCUUCUGGUUGCUUGUCACCGGUGAAAUCCCCACCGAAGAACAAGUCAAGGCUCUCUCUGCCGAAUGGGCUGCUCGUUCUUCUCUUCCCGCCUUUGUUGAAGAAAUCAUUGACCGCUGUCCCAAGACCCUUCACCCCAUGUCUCAGUUCUCUCUUGCCAUCAACGCUCUUCAACACGAAUCCCAAUUCGCCAAGGCUUACAGCGCUGGUAUUCACAAGUCUCAAUACUGGGAUCCUACCUUUGAGGAUACCAUGGAUUUGAUUGCCAAGCUCCCCAACGUUGCUGGUCGUAUCUACCGCAACAUCUACAAGGAUGGCAAGCUUCCUUCCAUUGAAGCCGAUAAGGAUUACUCUUACAACUUUGCCAAGCUCUUGGGUUACGAAACCAACGAAGACUUUGUUGAAUUGAUGCGUCUUUACCUCACCAUCCACUCUGAUCACGAAGGUGGUAACGUCUCUGCUCACACUACCCACUUGGUCGGUUCUGCUUUGUCUGACCCCUAUCUCUCUUUCGCCGCCGGUUUGAAUGGUUUGGCUGGUCCUCUUCACGGUUUGGCUAACCAAGAAGUCCUCCGUUGGACCUUGAAGAUGAAGGAUGCUAUCGGUUUGGAUGCCAGCGAAGAACAAAUCAAGAAGUACUUGUGGGAUACCCUUAACAGCGGUCAAGUCGUUCCUGGUUACGGCCACGCUGUCUUGCGUAAGACUGAUCCUCGUUACACCGCUCAACGUGAAUUUGCCCUCAAGCACUUGCCCGAUGACCCUCUCUUCGGUUUAGUCUCCAAGUUGUACCACAUCAUUCCUGGUGUUCUUACUGAACACGGUAAGACCAAGAACCCUUGGCCCAACGUUGAUGCCCACUCUGGUGUUCUCCUUCAAUACUACGGUCUCACCGAACAAGAUUACUACACCGUUCUCUUUGGUGUCUCUCGUGCUCUCGGUGUCACUGCUCAAUUGAUCUGGGACCGUGCUCUCGGUAUGCCUCUUGAGCGUCCCAAGUCUUACAGCACUGCUCACCUCAAGAAGAUGUUCGGUGCCAACUAA